AAAAAAAAAAAAAAAAAAAAGAAUGUCAAUGUAUAAUGAUGCAUUAGUAAAGAUUCCUGCAAAGUAUAUUAUAUAUGCACAUACCUUAUUUGCCUACAGUGCAUUUUUUAUAGCCUUAAUCAUUGGCUGCUAUACACAUUAUGAUAAAAUAGUUGAAAAUGAAUAUUUUGGAUUUCCUCAAGAAUGGUUUCCAAGUGUAAGUGCUACAAUAGGUGAUAGAUAUCCAGCUCGUGCUAUUUUUCAAAUCUUGAUAGCCCUUACAUCCGGUCCACGGUUUGCACUCAUUGGAUUAAAUUACCUUUAUCAACAUACACGAAUAACAAAAGCUGGAUUGAGUGAAAUUUUAUUAGGAAUUGGAUUAAUUCGUACUGUGGCUUGUGGGGGUUGGGUGUAUAUUACUUCAACGGAUGAUCAUUCUAUUCAUGAUAUCGCUAUGAUUAUUUAUCUCCUAUGUACUUUACCUUGGCAAUUAGGCGUACUCUAUACAACAGAUGCUAAAUUAUAUCCGACUGCUUUAAAAAGAAGACGUUAUUUGACAAUGGCAUUCUUUGGUACUUUACCCUUUAUGAUUUAUUUCUAUAUUCAACAUAAAGUGAAUCAUAUUCCAGGAGCUUAUACAAUCUAUGCUUUAUUUGAAUGGUCUUUAAUCAUUUAUGAUAUUGCAUUUGAUGCUACAGCAGCUUUCGAAUUUAAAAGAUUUGAAAUAAAAGUCACACAAAAGGAAAAAAAGAAAGAAACCAUAGUUUAAUAAUAAUAAUAAUAAUAAUAAUAAAAAGCAGC